CAGAAGAGGAGAAGUGAAGGGAAAACGGACAAUCUAGGAUGGCGUCGAGGGUUUCGCUGAAGAGUGGCGGCAAGGGAAAGGGAGGCAGGGGAAGCGGCGCCCGAGCGGCGGAGGACGACGGUUGGGCGGCGGCUCAGGCGAUCAAGGAGUGGAGCACGUGGGCGAUGAAGAAGGCCAAGGUCAUCACCCACUAUGGUUUCAUCCCCCUCGUCAUCAUCAUCGGCAUGAACUCCGAACCCAAGCCCCACCUCUCUCAGCUCCUCUCUCCCGUCUAAGUCUCUCAUGCUUCCGCUUCUUUUCUUUUUCAGUUUUCAUUUCUGCUUGUUCGAGCUUGAGCAGGAGCUGUUCCCCCACCUGCUACUUUUAGUUACGUCUAAAUAGUGUCUACUACUCACCGCUUCAUAUAAUCGAUCCGCUGCUUGUCAGUUUCGCUUCUGCUAUCGAUUGUUCCUUUAUUGCUCUCGCGUUAUGGCCCAGCGUUGGCGGAUCAGAUCAUUCUCUCCUUGUGGAUUGUUGAUCUUGUGUCAUGUCUUGGCUGUUUGGGUUCAGAAAUGUUAUCCUUCUGUUUCGGAUUUUGGCAGACAAUCUCCAUUUCUUGCGUGUGCUUCACGGAUUCACAGAAGAUCAAACCACACUGCCUAGGAUUAUAGAAUAACACAAGAGAGUUAUGAUUCUCGAAUGUUGCGCUGAAGCAUUCUUCUUUGGACUCGAACACUUGUCUGUACUCGUUUUAUGCAGAAGCCUUAUACAAUCUAUACAGCCUUUAGUUA